UGGUUCCUGUCUAUUUCCAGCCUCGGGAGAUUUCGAUGUGUCAGCAGAUAUUGGGAAAACGAUCAACUUGACCUUCACAAAUGGGUGUCUCUCGUCGAAUACGGCAAAGAUGAGGUAGACAAAGAGAUUCCUUGAAGGUGAUUGUCGGUAGUCGCCCCCUUAUCAGCCGUGUGGAUAAAAUCAGGUCAUCCAUAGGGAACCUUGACCUAUGACCCCUCACAAAUCGCCAGUAUGGAGAUGUCGCUACUUCAGGGUAGCAAAGUCAACAGCAACAACAACAACCACACCAAUAACAACAACGAUGACGACGACGAGGAGGAUAACACGGCCAAUGACGCUGGUGGGGAGAGUGACGACAGAAAAGGUGACACGGGAGGAGGCGGUAGGGGAGGUGGAAAUGGAAGGAGUGGUGUUGGGGAGAGGUCUCGAACUGGGUUCACCCGACUCAGAGCGGAGGAGGAUGAUGACGAUGACGUCAAGUCUGCUCCUCCGGCCUCGGUGGCGACUGGAGAAAGAAAAGGGAGAAGUGUUGGAGGAGGAGGAGGAGGAGGUAGCGCCGUGGGACUCCGACUUCUGCCCCUUCCACCAGGAGAGGAAAGCAGCAGGAGUCUCAGUGAUUUCGGGGGCAACAAGAACUCUGAAGUGCCGGGCUCGAAGGAGAUGAUAAAAAACCGCGCUGUAGAUAGUAGUAGUUGUAGCAGUAAGGUUGUGAAACUCUGCUCAGACCAUGAUGUCACGAUAUUCAACCCGAAUCAGGGUCCCGAUUCCGCCUCGCAGCUCUCUUGGCAAGUAGAUGACAAUUUCUCUCCCGGCAACGGGAACGACGACGAAGGUGGGGGCGGAGAAGGCGGGGAUCUGGAUGGAGAUGAUAACGACAACAGGCCGGCUGUGAGCCCUAUUGAGGGUCUGCUUGACGAACGGAUACGAGUGAGACUCAAGAAGAACGCGGCGGGCUCCACGCUGCAGGUCAAAGUGUAUAACUUCUUGGAGCGGCCGACCGGCUGGAAGUGCUUCAUCUAUCAUUUCACUGUGUAAGUACACCUUUUUAUAUCUUUUCAGUGUUUUAGUAGUCUACACUUCAUCCACCUAUUCACUGUGUCAGUAGCAUACAAUUCAUC